UACCAGACUCUUACGAAUGGAAAGGCUGAAAUAAGGAGUACGCAGAAAGAUCUGACGUCACACGUAGUUACCCCAAACUAAGAUAAUUCAUCAAAAAUGGGUCUACUUCAACUGUUGAGGAAGCUGAAGUCAUCUCCUGACAGGGAACUAAGAAUCUUGUUAUUGGGGCUGGACAAUGCUGGCAAGACAACUCUACUGAAGAAGUUGGCAUCUGAAGAUGUAUCCCACAUAACACCCACGCAGGGAUUCAACAUCAAGUCUGUGCAGUCGGCCGGCUGCAAGCUGAACGUGUGGGACAUUGGCGGGCAGAGGAAGAUCAGACCAUACUGGAAGAACUACUUCGAUAACACAGAUGUAUUGCUGUACGUGAUUGACAGCAGUGACAAGAAACGAUUUGAAGAAACAUCAGAGGAACUGAAGGAGCUUCUGGAAGAAGAAAAGCUGUCCGGUGUCCCUCUUGUGGUGUUUGCCAACAAACAGGAUCUGCUGACUGCUGCCUCCCCAUCCGAAAUCUCCCAAGGAAUUGGUCUGCAGAGUAUACGGGACAGGAAGUGGCAGAUCCAGGCCUGCUCAGCAGUCACGGGGGAGGGGGUUAAGGAUGGGAUGGAGUGGGUGAUGAAGAUGGUGAAGAAGAAAUGAAGACAGCUGUCAUCUAAGACAAUCACUCAUUAUUCUGUACAUGGUUAGGGUUAACUGAGGGAAGGGGGGCUCUGUCCAUCUUUAUGUUACCUUGAGUUACCAUGGCGAUGACAUGUCAGUGUCACAACACAUGGCACAAUGAAUAUCAAAUUGCAAGAAUAUCAAAUUGU